GCAGCGGGAGGCAGUGGGAAUUUCAGCUGGUCCUCCUCUAACCUAGCCGUUGCCACAGUGACAGUGAAAGGAGUGAUGACGACAGUCAGUGACAUCGGCGUCAGUGUGGUGUACGCCCAUGAUGUACGCAACCCAAUGCACUAUGGAAUGAUGAAGGUGAGACCAUAUAUAUAUAUAUAUAUAUAUAUAUAUAUAAUUUAUUUUUUUUUUUUUUUUUUUUUUUUUUUUUUUUACAGAUGACCUCAUUACCUAUCUUACGUCUUUAUGAACUGAUAUUACAACUGUACUGGUUAGUCAAUCUAUAAUGUUUGGAAGAAUAUUACGUAAAUGAAAGAAUUAAACAAGUCCAUUGAAAAAUCUAACAAGAACUCUUCCCAUUGUCUCGACUUCAGCUGUUUCUUCUGACCUGUCUCACUGUCCUCCUAACCCCCACCCCCAGGUGUACGUUGUAGAGCCCGUGGGGAUGGACUUCUCUCCCUGCCCGGUGGAGGCCCGCAUUAGCCUGGUGCUGGAGCUGCCCCUCCGGAUCUUUAGCCUGCUAGGGGAGGGGGGAAAGUGGGGAGUGGAGGAGCGGGUGAUGCUGAGCGACUGCAGUCACUUUGACCUGCAGGUGGAGGAGGAGACCCAGGGAGUGUUCAAGCUGCUGGAGGGUGAGGCAUGCCCCCAUACACUGCUCAUAGAAACCUGUAGGAAAAACCCUGACCAUACUUUACCUAGCUGGGAGGCAGAGCCUUCACAAAGAGCCUCUGUAGUGUCUUUUAUGUCCUUCUCAGAUUGGCACUACGGUUUUAAUUUCCCUUGAUCCAUGGAGGAGCAUAAUAUCUACCACUUCAAUCGCCUCAUACAUUUUAUGAUUAGCCUUGGACUUGAAGCAUCUUAUUGUUGUCUGUUGUGCGUCUGUGUUGGAUAAGAGAUGUAUAUGAAAGCAGGUAGACUUUGUUGUCCUCUAGGACCGGAAUUGCAGCCGUAUGUCUCUCUCUCUCUCUCUCACUCCCUACAGGUAGACUGGCUCCAGGGCAGGACCACUGCAGUGGUGUAAGGGCCCAGGCUCUAGCCCCAGGAUACACAACCCUGACGGUCAGCUACACCCACGGCAACGUCCACCUCAGCGCCAAGAUCACCAUCGCUGCCUACCCACCACUCAGAGUGAGUCCAUUCCCCCCUACCUGUACCGUAGGGCAUGGCCUAUUCACACACAUUCAUUUCAUAUUGGUUUACUUCAAUCUCUUCCCUGGUCAAAAGCACAAAAAGAGACUUGAGCUUGAAGUAGUUUUGUAGCUGUGUUUUGUACUAUUGUAUUGAUUUGUAAAGCUUGUUUUUAACCCCUGCACCUACAAACCCUGAUGAGUUGUCUUUUACCUGUGUUCUUUGUUGUGAUGCUAUCUCAAAUCUGCCCAGUGAUCUUCAGUCACUCUACUCUCCCAGCCAACUCUCCCCAGAGCAGAAAUGAGCCUUUCUCUCUUAAUUAGCAGAAGGUUGGGACACGCACACACUUUCGAGCUAAAGCCGGUCGCAUGCUUCCCAGCCGAAACAGUUCACGCCUGUAUUAUGACGAAAUGUUGUGACUUUUUUUGUUGGUUUUUGUGUAUUCAGCUGUUCGCACACACAAAACAUUUUCUUAAGGAAGUCGAAGUUCGGUUGCCGAAGUAAAUUCAGAUGACAUUUUAUUCAUCACAUGCUUCAUAAACAACAGUUGUGGACUAACAGCAAAACAAAUGCUUACUUACGGGCCCUUCCCAACAGUGCAGAGAGAAAUAAAAUAGAGAAGGAAAACACGUAAUAAUAGAUACAUAAUGUGUAAUGAUAACUUGGCUAUAUACACGGGGUACCAGUUCAGAGUCGAUGUGCAGGGGUACGAGGUAAUUGAGGUAGAUAUGUACAUAUAACUAGGAAUAAAGGGACAGAUAGUAAACAGUAGCAUCAGCAUAUGUGAUGAGUCAAAAAAGUUUGUGCAAAAAGGGUCAAUGCAGAUAGUCCGGGUAGCUAUUUGGUUAACUAUUUAACUAACUAUUUUCCAGUCAUGGCUUGGGGGUAGAAGCUGUUCAGGGUCCUGUUGGUUCCAGACUUGGGGCAUCGGUACCGCUUGCCGUGCAGUAGCAUAGAGAACAGUCUAAGACUUGGGUGGAUGGAGUCUUUGACUAUUUUUAGGGCCUUCCUCUUGACACCGCCUGGUAUAGAGGUCCUGGAUGGCAGGGAGCUCGGCCCCAGUGAUGUACGCCCAGUCUACGCCCCUUCGUCGGUGAUUGGUCAACAGUACUACUCAUAGUAGGAGUGGGAACUAUAGAUGGGAUUAUUCAAUGAAGUGCUGCCAUUCAACAAGAAACAACUAGUUUUCAUGCAAUUUGUUCACUUACUGCACCAAACAUCUUAGUUAGAUGUAAAAUUGUGCGACUAAGACCUCCUCUGCAAAAACAUAACAAUUUAAUUACCAAUCUUUUUUUAUUUAUCUUUUAUUCAUUCUGACUAUUUUGAGGAAGUGUAUACUGGCUAUGUUGUUGCUACGGCGUCUCAAGCAGGACAAACCGUAAUAUUGCCGUUAUGUCUCUUUUUUCAAGCAAAGGUCUUUUAAGCGAGGCACAGACGUUCGCUUCGCCUAGCCGAGUUCUGCUAGGAGCAAACCGAACCAGUAUGCGGACGCCUUUACACACACACUUUCACAAUACAACACACACACACACAUUUUCUCUCUGCAAUCAGGGCAGAAGUGCAAGGAUCAGCUAGUGUUAAAUUACCUCCUCCUUGGUUUCGUCAGUGUUUUGUGCAUUUUUAAUUAUGCCCUCAUGCACUCAAUACACUGAUUUGUUUUCUCUCCUGCUGCUUUGGCUCAAGUACUUUACUGUAAUGGAAUUAAUGUCAACUAGGCCCAUAGAAUGGACAAUUUAUGUAAAGCAGAGAGGCAUUAUGGGAGAGGCAUCUCCAUUUCUAUGCAUGCAUAAUUUUGUCAUGCAUACUCUCUUCCAUUACCAUGGGUUUUCAUCCCAUUAACCCAAGUGCAUGGUAAGACAAAAUCAUUAGAUCAUUUGUUUUGGUACUGUCCAUUUGUAGCUUGUUUUUGGACACAGGUCCUGGAAUGGCUAAAGGAUUGCAAUAUUUACCUGGAGCUAACCCUGCAGAUGGCAUUACUGGGUGAUCUGAAAAGUCAUAGUCGAUCAAUAAUAUAAUACUUUUAGCAAAAAAAAAUUAUUUUAAAUUUACAAUCUAUAGAAACAAUGAGAAUAGAAAGGUUCAGAACUUUUUUAGAACCACAGUACAGUUAAAAUAUAUGGCGAAUAGAAAUCCAAUAUGGAUGGUGUUAAGAGAUAGAUGGGUGGUGUUGAAUGGAGUUGAAGGAUGGGACUAAUAACAACUAAACAGCUAAUAACAACAAGAUAACUAAUAAUGUAAGCAUACUGUGUCCAUAAUAAGUAUAUAGGUUAUACGUUGAGAGCUUUUGUGAAAGAGCACAGUUAGAAAGAUAUGGCAUAUAGAAGCAAACCGGAUGGACAUCAGAGAGGUUGAGGGUAGAGGAAGUUCAGGAGAAAAAAACAAACAAAAUAGAAUUAUUGUAAAAUGGAUUGUGUAUAUAGUAUAAACUGGAAGUAGAGGCCUAAGCAUUGUUGUUCACUAGUUUGCUCCAAUUAGGGAAGGGGUGGUGGGGUUGGAGGGUAAUAAAGGGAAAUAUAUAUAUAUUUUAAAGGAUAUAUAUAUUACGAGGGGGAAAAAACAUAUGGGGGAUUGGAAGUGAUGCAGACAAUUACAUUGAUGGAAGUUACAAUCUAUCUGCAAUAUUAAGGCUGAUCUACCCCCUAAAAUAAUAAAAAAUAAAGACAGUGCUCUUUGGUACACUAACAGGAAAUUGUUUUAUUUUAGGAGGUAAAGAUAAGCUUCUGAGUGAGCCAGUCAUUACUCUUACUCAGAGAAGGAGUUCACGCUCCCUUCAAAUAGCUACUGUAGCAUUUACCUUACCAACCUUUUACCACGUUGUCUGUCUGUCAUCCUCCUUGACCUAGUUUGGCUGUCUGACUUGAACACAUUCAUGCACUCUCCCCAGAGAGGGUUGCAAAACCUCCUGAAGUUGAACCAUUUAGGAUUGGCAGUGUCAAACCUCUGAGCUUUAUCUAGAAAAAAUCUAACAAAUGUGGAGGUGGACCAGCAAGAAAUAAGCAGUAAAUGUGCUUCAUCAAAUAUAAUUUGACUUUACAACAUACAGUAUAUCACUUCUCCAUUCACUAACCUGUACAUGCUCUACCUGUUGUCAUGUGCAGGCUGUGGACCCUGCCUCUGUUGCCUUGGUGACCCUGGGCUCCUCUAAGGACAUGCUGUUUGAGGGCGGGCCCAAGCCCUGGGUCCUAGAACCCUCCAAGUUCUUCCGGAACCUGAAGGCUGAGGAUGAGAACAGUGUUAGCCUGGCUCUGACCGCGCCCACCUCCCGUAGCUACCUCCAACACUGGAUCAGAGCCACCUGUAGAGCCCUGGGAGAACAGGUGAGGGAAUGGGCUUUUCCUUGUUUGGCACCUACUGAAUAUGACCCUAGGCUUUAAACAAACGUUCUAGCUCUUUAAGAUACCUUGUAGAUGAAAUGCUUUGUUACAAACAUUAAUAAGUGUGUUAUGAACAGGUAAUAAGCGUGUUAUAACUGUACCUCUCCAGGUAUUGGCACUUACUGUGGGGAACCAGCCUAGUCUGACCAAUCCCUAUCCUGCGGUGGAGCCGGCGGUGGUGAUGUUUGUGUGCGCCCCUCCCUCUCGCCUCACCUUGGUCCCUGUGUACACAGGUCCCCAGCUGGACCUCACCUGCCCUCUACUGCAGCAGAACAAACAACUGGUGAGAAAAAGAGAAAGAAAAAGGCAGUGUUUACACAGCACACAAACAAACACACUUGGCACAGGAGCUAGCUAGACAAAAAUAAACAAGGCAACGGUAAACAUGUCGUCCCUCACGAGUGAUGCAGCAUCCCCCUUGGGCCAAUCAGUGUCGUUUUGUAAGUGAUCUCUAUGGCAAGACGCAUCAUUCACCCAAGUUUAGUAAAAAAUUGGGCCAGUGGUUGCUGAGAUAUCGCGUGGGUUAGCUAGACUCAUAUCCCUGAGCAAGUGUGCCAAAUGUCAUCACUCUGAGUCCAAUAGAUCAAGCGAUAUAUGUGCCUGUUAUAGCACCACGUCAGCUCGAUAUGAAUGUUCUUGCACAUGUUGAGUCUUGACAGUGUUUGCAACAUGUGUACCAAAUGUUGUUACAAAACGGAUAUCCUUGACUGAUUUAUGUGCCAGACCACGUGAAUGUGUAUUGGUCAGUAGCGGCCAUGUUGUUUUAGGUACUAGUCUGGAAAAUGUAGAUCUUUGUCCAUAGAUGCCACAUAUCAAGUUUUAGUGCAGAGUGGUCAUUCGGUGCCAGAAGAGUAGCGUUUUAAGUGUUUUUUUCACAAAAUUCUAAAUGGCGGGAAAUCCAUCAUGGUGACCUUAGGGGUCCCCGAGGCAAAUUUUGUUCGUUGUGAGGAGAGGGACUUAUGUACCAAACGGGGUGACCUUAAAAAGUUAGCAUUUUCAAACUCUUGUAAUAGUGCCACCAUCUGGCCAAUCAGUGUAAUUUUGUAUAUGCCGGAUCUCUAUGGCAAGACGCGUCAUUCACCCAAGUGCCGGUGUUGUCUGAGCGAUCGCGUGUGACUAAUGUACGAACGAACAUACUGACGGAUGGAGACAGAUCCACAGUCCCCUCCCCGAUUUCAUUGUGGGGGACAACUAUAGAGAGAAAUUCAUCAUGGGGGACAACUAAAGAGAAGGUCAUGUCAAGUUUGCCUUUCUGCCUCUUAAUUGCACAUGGGGGGAUAAAUAAAGUUGUAUUGAAUUGAAUGUCUGCCUCCCUGUCAGUUUAACUUAGAAAGAAAGAAAUAGAGUGGGGGGGAAAACUGUGUGGAACAUUAUUUGUUGCAGGUGCCUGUCUCAAACUACCGCAACCCUGUGCUGGACCUGGCUGCCUUUGACCAGCAAGGCAGGAAGUUUGACAACUUCAGCUCUCUGAGUAUCGUCUGGGAGUCGACCAAGGUGUCCCUGGCCAGUAUCGAACCCACCAUGCCUAUGGGACUGGAAUUACUACAGGACAGCAACAAACAGAAGAAACUUCAUGGUACGGCUUUGAUAUUUCUCAUGAUGGUGUCCUUGUUUGAUUUUGUUUUUAUUCUUUAGUCUAAUACCAGGUGAAACCAGGUGUAAUACCAGGUGUUUUUGCAGGCAAUUUCAACAGUUUUGUCCAACAGAAAUGUCCUCUUUGUCAGGUCGUCAGACGGUCCUUGUCCACCACCAGUCUGGGACUGCUGCUAUAACAGUAACAGCUCUGGGUUACCAGGUCCCCCACCUCAAGGCUGCUAAGGUUCUCAGUCCGGUAAGACAGAAACACAACCUUUAGCAGAGAAACAUCACCCUUAGAAACAUUGCCCUUAUCGUAUCUAUUUUGAAAGCCAUUGUGAACAUUUUGCGGGUUUAUCACUUCCUGCUGUGACUGGCAGGCAGGAUGCUGUUAGCUGAGUGUGUGGUUGUCUGUGACCACAUAAAAUAAACAUUUAAUCAGCUUAGAGGUUGCUAUAGCAACACAAGACAGGAGAGCUGAAAGUCAGAGCUUCACGAACUGUACAAAUGUGACCCACCACCUGGAUUCAGUCCUAUGUAGUAAAAUGUGAAGAAAAUAAUUGUUGGAUAAAAGUAGAGACUGAGCUAGAAAAUGGUAUAUCAUACACUGCAGUUGAAGAACAAUAGGAAAGUAAUUCUGCUUUGAAAGUUUAUAAACUUGUAACCCCACUUUUGAGAAAAUAGCCCGUGAAUGUUUUGGUACCUCUACUGGAGAGCUCUUCUUUGUCUACACCCAUUCAGCAUCGUUCACACCCUCUUAAGCCUUAGCCCCACCCAUCUCAUUAAGGAUUCACAGUAUGAAAUUAGUAGCAAAGAAAGUAGUCUGCCAUGGUUGCCCUUAGUUUGAAGAUGUAAUCCAAAGACAAGUGUUUUAUACAACAGUCUUCUUUCGGUGUUCUCUUUUUGAACUCUCUCCGCAUUUGGCAAUCAUCUCUCUGCUUCCACCAGGCAUUCCACUGAUUUCAAAACCCGGUCAACUUCUUCCGUGACAACCACACCGUUUCUUCCCCACCAUUGUCAUCAGGAGACUCUACAAUGUCUGGUUCAAUGAAAAAUGUUUUUAUCUAAAUCAGGAAUUUCCUCAUUGUCUGAUUCAUUUUCAGAGUCAGAGAGAGUCAGCAUGGCACAAUCAUCCUCUAAAAAGUAGUCCAUCACAACUUUUUCCCACCGAGCUUUGUCGAUAGCACUAUGACCUUCAGGGCAGCAAUGUUGAGAGCAGUUGCAACAUUUUUCAGUUCUUCAUGAUAUCUUUAAAAAAAGCUGCGGUAGAAAGGAUUAUCCACACAUACUGAGCAGCUCAUGUUAUAGACAGAAGCAUGCUACAUGUCCAGCCCAUUCAUUAUCUCAGACGAUCAUGGCUAGCUGGAAGGUUCCUGUAUUUGUCUGUGGCUAAACCAACUAGCCUCGUAAUGUAACAAUUUUAUUCGUAUUUACAGAUGGCAUACAAGUUUGUUAUUAAGGCACGUGAAAGUUCACAUGUUCCAGAAAGCAUUUCUGCUAUAAAAAAAACAUUUUGAUUAAAAAAAAUAAAGAAUCCUUCAAAUGCCUCUCCUGUGAAUUAGUGACGUGCCACAUACGCCUAGUUUCUUGAAAGGGUUCACCAAUACUAAAUUACAGCAUUUCAUUUUGCCGUUGAUACUAAGACUUCCCCUAUGAUUUCACUUGACCUUUACCCUACAAGAGUUGAGUUCUGUGGUUAUCUCAUCUUGGUGUCACUCUGACACUUGUAACCAUGGCACCCAUCCUGUUUUAUCUCUCCUUCUUUCUGGCAGUUUGACCCUCUGACCCCUGUCUCAGCCACUCUGGAACUCCUAUUGGUGAAGGACGUGACAGUCAGUCCCGAAGCUGUCACCAUAUACAAUCACCCUGACGUGCGGGUAAGAACUGGGGCCUUUGUAAGGCUUUCAGAAGUGUGAAAUGUUCCAGAUAGAAAUGUAUGGCAUAGAGCUGACAGAAUACAAUGUGACCCAUCCUUCACUGUCAAAGGUAGUAUCUGCUCCCAUUUCUAUGGUCCUCCAGUCUUCCCUCACUGGGCCCCACCACCACCACUGUAUCUUAAUCCUCUCUGACCUUUGACCCGUCUCACACUGUAAUCUUCUUACUAAGGUCACUGCCUGCCAUGUAACCCCCUUAUUCAAUCUCCCUCUAUAUCACUGACUGCUCACAGAUCCCAACUAGCUGAGAGCACUAGAUUAUGAUGCCUUGAAAUUAGAGCUGGGACGAUAAACCAAAAAUGAUUGACACCGACCACUUAUUGUGGACAUUUUGCAGAUAUUGUUCAUUACGAUAAGUAACCUGUAGGGCCCUACUAGAGAAAUGUGAAGUUUGAAAUGAAUGAAGUUAUGGGUGAUUGUUGAUGGCACAAUUGAUAGCUAUAACAUUGAAAGAAGUAAUAGGAGUUAUUAUUUUAUUUUAUUUUGGUGCACAUUGUUAUAAACGUAUUGUUCUAUUUAUCAUGAUAAUUCAGUCAAUUUAUUGUGGUAUGGAUUUUUUUUUUAUAUUGCCCAGCUCUACUUGAAAUAUUCCACACAGGUGUCCACUGGCCCUUCAUCACAAGGUCUUAUCAGCAUGGCUGAUCAAUUCUGCUGCAUGGAUUAUCUCACUAUAAUUACAAAUGAUUACUUGUGGCCCAUGAUGUGAAUAACAUGUACCUUUCAGCUGAUAUUGUGAUGGGCCUUGGGCUGCUUCUUUGUCAUCUUGUCCAUUGUGGUGUCAUGCUUUCAUCUACGGCUUCUCCUGUUGUGUGUCCUGCAGGCUGACCUGGCCCUGAGGGAGGGCUCUGGGUAUUUCUUUGUCAACACCAGUGCUGGAGGGAUAGCAGACGUGGUGUACCAGGAGGCCCAGGGAUCUGCUGAGGUGAGGAGAAUCACAGAACUCUCAGAAUGGCAAUGCUGUUGAGCAUACCACUCUUAAAUAUAUGUAUGAUGAUGUGAUGUGUUGUACACCUGCCUUCUUAGUUCCUACACCUCCCUUUGCCCCUUUAUUUUUUAUUUAACCUCUAUUUAACUAGGCAAGUCAGUUAAGAACAAAUUCUUAUUUACAAUGAUUGCUUACCAAAAGGCAAAAGGCCUCCUGCGGGGACGCUGGCUGGGAUUUAAAAAAAUUAUAUAUAUAUUUAUAUGACCAAAUACACAUCACAACAAGAGAGACAACACAACACUACAUAAAGAGAGACCUAAGACGACAACAUAGCAUGGCAGCAACACACGGCAACACAGCAAGGUAGCAACCCAACAUGAAAACAACACGGUAGCAACACAACAUGGCAGCAGCACAAGACAUGGUACAAACAUUAUUGGGCACAGACAACAGCACAAACCUUAUCAUCCUACUUUCUAACACUAUUGUAACUGAAGUGAUGCUCUGAAUGCAACAUUGAUGAAAGCACUAGGACAUCCGUGUGCCUUGAGAAAGGGUGUUGUAACAUAAAAUGAGAACAUGUCAUUUAAACCCUUGCAUCACUGUGGCCUCUCCAUGUGCUCAAGGUGCUUCCAGUCCAGCCGGGGACAGUGCAGGUGAUGGUUCAUGACCUCUGCCUGGCCUUCCCAGCCCCUGCUACGGCUACGGUCCACAUCUCAGACAUCCUGGAGGUUUAUGUCCGAGUGGUUGACAAGGUCAGUGGCCAGCCUCAAUUCUUUAUCCUGCAAGGCAGACACUCAGCUCAUGCUGAAAUUCCAAAAGCUGUGUAUCACUGGUUUGCCAAAACAACAGGAAAGUCUUGUUCACUAUGUGAAGUGUGUAUUCAGGGAAUUGACAUUUUAAAAAAUUAUAUACAGUACCAGUCAAAAGUUUGGACACCUACUCAUUCAAGGGUUUUUCUUUAUUUUCUUUGAAAAGCAUUCCAGGUGAAGCUGGUUGAGAGAAUGCCAAGAGUGUGCGAAGCUACAUGAUUCCAUAUGUGUUAUUUCAUAGUUUUGAUGUCUUCACUAUUAUUCUACAAUGUGAAAAAUUGUAAAAAUAAAGAAAAACCCUUGAAUGAGUAGGUGUGUCCAAACUUUUUACUGGUUGUGUGUAUGUGUAUAUAUAUAUAUAUAUAUAUAUAUAUAUAUAUAUAUAUAUAUAUAUAUAAAAUAGGAACUAAGAUGCUGUGAAUGUUGGUUAGAUCAGUGUUGAGUGUAGCUGCUUGUAUACUUAGUAGAACAAAACACAAACAAACACUUUUAUGCAAAUGACUAAUGAAAUUAGAGCCAAAAAUAGAGCUUGUCAUAUUAACAAAACAUGUACUGGUUUCUUGCAGGUGGAGAUUGGUAAAUCUGUGAAAGCCCAUGUCAGGGUUCUGGAUGACAACAAGAAGCCCUUUUUGGCCAAAUAUUUCCGCUUUUUGAAUCUGAAACUCACUGCAGCGUCCGGUAUCAUCUCUCUGCAGUAAGUUACAGUUACAUUAAUGAAUCAUAUAAGUAUCAAGUUUUGUUCUUAGAGCAAAUAUUAUUACACGCACACCAUCACAUUGCCUCUGUCUGUGCCACUUGGAAUUGAAAAAUGGAUAGGAAUUACUCCUGCAUGCACCUCGGCACGCAUGUUUUGCCUACAUUUCAGUAAAGUAGACAGUUCACCGUUCAUGUUUUGUUUUCCCCAGAGCACUGUCAGAUCCUUCAGAGAAGGACACGGCAAUCUUCCUGGUCAAAGGCUUAGCAAUCGGACAGACCAGCGUGUCUGCUAUGCUAGUAGACAAAACUGGAAGGAAGAUUGCAUCUGCUCCUCAGCAAAUAGAGGUAGGAGGGUUUUCAUGAGACCCUCCCUGAAACAUGUUGUCCAAUGAUGUUCUAUUAUGUGUGUUGAAAGACACUCGUUUUUGUUUCGGUCUUUCUAGGUGUUCCCACCAUUCAAACUGAUCCCCAGGAAAAUGACACUGAUAAUCGGAGCUAUGAUGCAGGUAUAUUGGAUUGUUUGAUUGUAGGAUUAUUGUGGGAAAACCCUGUCCUCUGCCCUCACUGUCCCCCACACUGAUAAAACAGGAUGUCCUGUCUGGAGAAUCUCCUGUUGUGAAGAUGAUUUGAAUCACCACACGCUUUCAAAUAGGCUUUUCCAGCUUACCUGUUGAGCAACUGCUCAUGUCUGUUCUUUGUAUUUGUGAAGCUCUCCACAGGCCAUUUAAUUGCUGAGUAUUAAGUCAUUGUAAAUGCACACACCCUGUGAGUAACAUGUUGAUUUAAUCUCCAAAUCUCCAGUGUUGAUUAUUCUAACAGACCAUGAAUGAUUUGAUUGCCUUGAGCAAUUUAAAGACCCCACAUUGACAAGAGUUGAUGAACACGCUGGCAGUAUCCUCAGGGCCAGUCAUGUGAAACUAAUAGUCUACCAUAUUUAUGGCACACACACACACACACACCACCCUUUACCUCGUCUCUCCAUGUUGUAGAUCACAUCCGAGGGCGGCCCACAGCCCCAGUCCAACAUCCUCUUCUCCAUGGCCAAUGAGGAGAUAGCUUCUGUUAACGACAUAGGUCACGUCAGGGGCGUCGCCAUUGGCAACGUCACGGUGACAGGACUGGUUCAAGCUGUCGAUGCAGAGACUGGGAAGCUUGUCAUUGUCUCUCAGGUAAAAUACUUCAUCAUCGGUACAUCAUCGGUACAUCAUCAUCUGCUUUUCACCAAUUGAAAGUGAUGUACUUCUAUUCUGAUGUUUGCUAUGACCAGGAUCAAGUAGAGGUUGAAGUUGUGCAGUUGAGGGCCAUUCGCAUCCGAGCCCCUAUCACCAGAAUGAAGACUGGGACACAGGUAACACAUGAUAAAUGAACUGUAAUCUCAAAUGGCCUCUGACAGUGUCCACAGGACAUACUUCACUCUAAGUAAGAUGCGUUACAUUGUGAAUAUCAACAGACGUGUGACCUGCUUUGAGUUUCCUCAUCCUGUCCCCUCUCCUAGAUGCCUGUGUAUGUGAUAGGGCUCACUAGCAGUCAGACCCCCUUCUCCUUCGGCAACGCCCUGCCUGGCCUCACCUUCCAUUGGUCCACCACCAAGAGAGACAUCCUGGAACUCCAAUCACGACAUGCCGAGGUGGGAACCAGUUUUUGAUCUAGAGUUUUUCUUCUUGAUGAGUGAGAAAGGUUACAUUCAAGGCCACAAGCACCUUCCACAAUAAGCCAUAAAUAGUGUAGUGGAAAAACUGCUUUGAUUAAAUUAUAGAUGAGUCGGAUCUUUGUUUUGAGCUCCUAUGAACCUUUGUAUCAGAGUGACUGAAUUAGUACAAAACGAUUCGCCAUCUUCACCAGAGAAACAACAUCUGAUAUUUCUACUGUCUCAUUUCUAACACUAUUUCUGCUUUCAUUCACUGAUAAAAUGCCUCUCUCUCUCUGUAGGCAGCUUUCCAGCUCCAACCAGAGCAUAACUUUGCUAUGAGUGUAACAGGGAAGACUAAAGGAAGGACAGGGCUGAAGGUGGUGCUAAAGGUCACCCACCCAAAAGAUAGGCAACUGGAGAGGAACCUACUGGAGCUCAGUGACGAACUCCAGAUCCAGGUACUAUACUUAUGCAGACUCCUAUAUGCCAGGAGAACUCAUAUCCCAGGUUUGGAGUACUGCUGUCUUUCUUUUCUCCCUGGUAGUUAUUUGACUGAUUGGCCAGAGAUCCCAAUCUCCCGGUGUCCUAGGUCUGGAUCAGUCCCUGAUUAAAGGUUUACAAUGCAAAUCAGCAGUACUACUGUACUGGCCUAGAGGUCUGGAUUUGAGAAAGGGGUAUACUACUCUUACUACUACUACUACAACAAUAAUAAUAACAACAACAACAACAACAAUAAUAAUAAUAAGAAUAAUAAGAAUAAUAUCUACUACUACCACUACUACUACUACUACUACCACUACUACUACCACCACCACCACUACCACUACUACUACCACUACUACUACCACCACUACUACUACCACUACCACCACCACCACUACCACCACUACCACUACUACCACUACUACUACCACCAACCACUACUACUACCACCACCACUACUACCACCACUACUACUACCACCACUACUACUACCACCACUACUACUACCACUACUACUACUACUACUACUACCACUACCACCACUACUACCACUACUACUACCACUACCACCACUACUACCACUACUACCACAACAUUUACAUUUACGUCAUUUAGCAGACGCUCUUAUCCAGAGCAACUUACAAAUUGGUGCAUUCACCUUAUAGCCAGUGGGAUAACCACUUUCCAAUAUAUAUUUUUUUUUGGAGGGUGGGAUAAGGGGGGGGGGGUAGAAGGAUUACUUUAUCCUAUCCCAGGUAUUCCUUAAAGAGGUGGGGUUUCAAGUGUCUCCGGAAGGUGGUGAGUGACUCCGGCGUCCUGGCGUCGUGAGGGAGCUUGUUCCACCAUUGGGGUGCCAGAGCAGCAAACAGUUUUGACUAGGCUGAGCGGGUACUGUGCUUCCGCAGAGGUAGGGGGGCCAGCAGGCCAGAGGUGGAUGAACGCAAUGCCCUCGUUUGGGUGUAGGGACUGAUCAGAGCCUGAAGGUACGGAGGUGCCGUUCCCCUCAUAGCUCCAUAGGCAAGCACCAUGGUCUUGUAGCAGAUGCAAGCUUCAACUGGAAGCCAGUGGAGUGUGCGGAGGAGCAGGGUGACGUGAGAGAACUUGGGAAGGUUGAACACCAGACGGGCUGCGGCAUUCUGGAUGAGUUGUAGGGGUUUAAUGGCACAGGCAGGGAGCCCAGCCAACAGCGAGUUGCAGUAAACCAGACGGGACAUGACAAGUGCCUGGAUUAGGACCUGUGUAAGGCAGGGUCGUACUCUCCGAAUGUUGUAGAGCAUGAACCUACACGAUCGGGUCACCGCCUUGAUGUUAGCGGAGAACAACAGGGUGUUGUCCAGGGUCACGCCAAGGCUUUUUGCACUCUGGGAGGAGGACACAACGGAGUUGUCAACCGUGAUGGCGAGAUCAUGGAACGGGCAAGUCCUUCCCCGGGAGGAAGAGCCAGCUCCGUCUUGCCGAGGUUCAGCUUGAGGUGGUGAUCCGUCAUCCACACUGAUAUGUCUGCCAGACAUGCAGAGAUGCGAUUCGCCACCUGGUUAUCAGAAGGGGGAAAGGAGAAGAUUAGUUGUGUGUCGUCUGCGUAGCAAUGAUAGGAGAGGCCAUGUGAGGAUAUGACAGAGCCAAGUGACUUGGUGUAUAGUGAGAAUAGGAGAGGGCCUAGAACUGAGCCCUGGGGGACACCAGUGGUGAGAGCACGUGGUGCGGAGACAGAUUCUCGCCACGCCACUUGGUAGGAGCGACCUGUCAGGUAGGACGCAAUCCAAGAGUGAGGCGCGCCGGAGAUGCCCAACUCGGAGAGGGUGGAGAGGAGGAUCUGAUGGUUCACAGUAUCAAAGGCAGCAGACAGGUCUAGAAGGACAAGAGCAGAGGAGAGAGGGUUAGCUUUAGCAGUGCGGAGAGCCUCCGUGACACAGAGAAGAGCAGUCUCAGUUGAAUGACCAGUCUUGAAACCUGACUGGUUUGGAUCAAGAAGGUCAUUCUGAGAGAGAUAGCAAGAGAGUUGGCUGAAGACGGCACGCUCAAGAGUUUUGGAGAGAAAAGAAAGAAGGGAUACUGAUCUGUAGUUGUUGACAUCGGAGGGAUCGAGUGUAGGUUUUUUGAGAAGGGGUGCAACUCUCGCUCUCUUGAAGACGGAAGGGACGUAGCCAGCGGUCAAGGAUGAGUUGAUGAGCGAGGUGAGGUAAGGGAGAAGGUCUCCGGAAAUGGUCUGGAGAAGAGAGGAGGGGAUAGGGUCAAGCGGGCAGGUUGUUGGGCGGCCGGCCGGCCAUCACAAGUUGCAAGAUUUCAUCUGGAGAGAGAGGGGAGAAAGAAGUCAAAGCAUAGGGUAGGGCAGUGUGAGCAGGACCAGCAGUGUCAUUUGACUUAACAAACAAGGAUCGGAUGUCGUCAACCUUCUUUUCAAAAUGGGGGGAUUCAGCAGGGAGGAGAAGGUGGCAAAGAGAUUCUUAGGGUUAGAGGCAGAUGCUUCGAAUUUUGUGGUAGAAAGUGGCUUUAGCAACAGAAACAGAGGAAGAAACUGUAGAGAGGAGGGAGUGAAAAGAUGCCAGGUCCGCAGGGAGUCUAGUUUUCCUCCAUUUCUGCUCGGCUGCCCAGAGCCCUGUUCUGUGAGCUCGCAAUGAGUCGUCAAGCCACGGAGCAGGAGGGGAGGACCGAGCCGGCCGGGAGGAUAGGGGACAUAGAGAGUCAAAGGAUGCAGAAAGGGAGGAGAGGAGGGUUGAGGAGGCAGAAUCAGGAGAUUGGAGGGAGAAGGAUUGAGCAGAGGGAAGAGAUGAUAGGAUGGAAGAGGAGAGAGUAGCGGGAGAGAGAGAGCGAAGGUUGCGACGGCGCAUUACCAUCUGAGUAGGGGCAGAGUGAGUAGUGUUGGAGGAGAGCGAGAGAGAAAAGGAUACAAAGUAGUGGUCGGAGACAUGGAGGGGAGUUGCAGUGAGAUUAGUAGAAGAACAGCAUCUAGUAAAGAUGAGGUCAAGCGUAUUGCCUGCCUUGAGUAGGGGGGGACGGUGAGAGGGUGAGGUCAAAAGAGGAGAGGAGUGGAAAGAAGGAGGCAGAGAGAAAUGCGUCAAAGGUAGACAUAGGGAAGUUAGUCACCCAGAACUGUGAGGGGUGAGCCAUCCUCAGGAAAGGAACUUAUCAAGGCGUCAAGCUCAUUGAUUAACUCUCCAAGGGAACCUGGAGGGCGAUAAAUGAUAAGGAUGUUAAGCUUGAAUGGGCUAGUGACUGUGACAGCAUGGAAUUCAAAUGAGGAGAUAGACAGAUGGGUCAGGGGAAAAAGAGAGAAUGUCCACUUGGGAGAGAUGAGGAUUCCUGUGCCACCACCCCGCUGACCAGAUGCUCUCGGGGUAUGCGAGAACACAUGGUCAGACGAGGAGAGAGCAGUAGGAGUAGCAGUGUUUUCAGUGGUAAUCCAUGUUUCCGUCAGCGCCAAGAAGUAGAGAGACUGGAGUGUAGCAUAGGCACCACUACUACUGGUACUACUACUACUACUACUACUACUACUACUACUACUACUACUACUAAUUACUUAAUACUACCAAUACUACUACUACUACCACUCCCACCACUACUACUUAUCUAUACUACCACAACCACUACUAAUACCACCACUACCAAUACUACCACUACAAAACCACUACUACUACCACUACCACUACCACUACUACUACUACUACUACUACUACUACUACUACUACUACUACUACCACUACUACUACCACUACCACCACUGCUACCACUACUACUACCAUGCUACUACACCACUAUACUCUCACUACCAAUACCACUCACCACCACCAACUACUACUACUACUACUACUACAACCACUACCACCACUACUACUACCACUACUACCACUACUACUACUACUACUACCACUACUCCUCUCAGGGUUCAUACCCGGACGCAGCACUGCGAUUGGUCUUUCUGUGUGGCUGGAUCACACUGUCUCAGAAAUAUGACACGACUACUCAAGAUAGUUUAUAGUGCUUGUUUAUGGACCUCCACCUGUUCUCCUGUGCCCUUCCACCUAAAAACAAACUGAAAGUGAACAAACACUGCAAGAGCAAACAUGCUGAGAAGUCUGACUGUAAAUCAGUGAUGUUUUGAGUGUGGUUGAGUACUUGAAGGAGAAGUUUGCUUUUUUACAACCAAAUCUAAAACAUUUAUGUAAAUGACAUAAAAAGGGUCCUGAAAAAAAACAUGAACUCGUGCUCCAAAAACACCCAAAUAUGUUAUUUUAGGAACGGAAACGCUCUCAGUAUAGUGAUGCAGGUCUUUAGAUGCUGUACACAUGAAAUUGUCAUUCCAAACUUUAUCCGCAACGUUAUAUUCCAUUUUGUGCGAUUCGAGCUGUUUCCCCUAACCAGCUGUUCCAUUCUCUGUGAAGCCUGCUGCUAGAAUGGACGGAGAGGUAUCGCUCAAUUCGCAAAACAAAAUGGAAUAUAACGUUGCAGAUAAAGUUCUAAAUGACACCAUUUCAUGUGUACGACCUCUAAAGACCUGCAUCACUAUACUGCGAGCAUUUCAGUUUCUAAAAUGACGUAUUUGGGUGUUGUUGGCGCCUUUCUUAAUGUGUUUUUGGAUCCCCCGUACUGUAUAAAGAAGAGGUAGAAGUGAAUCGCUGGUUGUGGUACGUUUCUCAAAAACAAGUGAAAUCUCUAAGAAAAGUUUCUGGACCCUUCUAUAACAUGCCAUUUACAUCAAAAAUAGAGAUUUGGUUGUAACAAAGCAAACUUGUCCUUUAAAGUGUCACUUUGUAAAGUGAUAAGAAGGCAGAUUGGCCUGCGAUGUCGUGUGCAUCUCGCUUCAAACUGCAUUAGACUAUGUCGUGUCACGAAGACCCAAAAAUCAAAGGAUGGGUAAAAACCUCCAUGUAAUUACACUGUCAACUCUUCCCUUUGAUCAAGGUUUAUGACAAGCUGCACAUGCUUAACCCAGCCGUGGAGGCUGAGGAGAUACUGAUGGCUCCCAACUCUGGGCUCAAACUCCAGACCAACCGGUAAGGGAAGAGGGGUCUACCAACCUUAACACUUUUGUCUCCACCUGAGACACUUUGAACACUCAACAGUUUACUUUGAGCACUCAGCAUUACACAUGACCUCUUCAGUUCUGUCUCAAAUGACACCAUAUCCUCUCUAUAGUGCCCUACUCUUGAUAUUAAAACAACUGUUUGAGUCUUCUCCAGAAAAUAGAAAGCUACUAACUCUGGUGUGUGUGUGUGUGUGUGAACAGGGACGGUGUGGUUGCUCUGUCCUACCAGGUGCUGGACUGUCCCGACCAGGCUACCGUUGUCCAGGUGGAUGAGAAGGGCCUCUUGUCCUCCGGCUCGCUCACUGGCUCCUCCUCCCUGCUGGUGACCUCACAGGAGACCUUCGGUGUCAAUCAAACCCUGGUCCUCGCAGUGAAGGUGAGACCCUCUGCUCCUUAAUUCAAUUCUAUGAAUCUUUAUUGCCCCUACGGGGAAUAAAUGAAACGUUAACACAGUGCAAUGAAUGAGAAUGUGAUUUUGUUCAAUUAAUAAGUUCUAUCCAUAUCGUCGUAAGUUUACCGCGUCUCAUGCAAAUGUUGACAAUAACCGAAACUUCAUUACCCACACUUACGUCUAUCAUCUUACUUCAUGCCAUUAUAAAGUCAUGACAAAUGGCAACACAUUUUAAGAAUAUUAAAUGAGAGAUGGAUUGCUUUGUAUAUUUCCUUACAUUGUAGUCUAUCCCCCUCUGUGGUUUCCCAGGUGGCCCCAGUGUCGUACCUGCGUUUCAGCACCAGUCCAGUUAUCCACAACCCAUCCAGGGACAGCCUGUCUGCUAUUCCUCUGGGCAUGGUGCUUACCUUCACUGUUCACCUCCAUGCUAACACGGGAGAGGUCCUUCACAGCCACAACUCACUGCUCACAUUCACCACCAACAGGUAAGUUCACACAUGUUAUUUCUAUUUAAUGAUGGUCUCUUUCUGUGUAUUUCCUUAUGGGUAUUAAUUUUCAGGUUACAAUAAUACUAUUUUGGGCAGAUUUGAAAGUCAAGUGAAUGUACCACUUUUGGUAUAAUAAAGGGUAACUUGUACUUGAAAAAAUGUAUGAAGCCGUGGAGGCUGCUGAGGGGAGGACGGCUCAUAAUAAUGGCUGGAAUUGAGUCUAAUGGAGUGAAUGGAAUGGUAUCAAACAAAUGGCAACCAUGUUUUUGAUACCAUUCCAUUUACUCCAUUCCAGACAUUAUUUUGAGCCGUCCUCCCCUCAGCAGCCUCCACUGGUAUGAAGGUGAACACAUUGGGGAAGGAAAUAGGGGAAGGAAAGGUGAAAGCAGCAAGGCAGGCGAUUGAGAUGGGAUGGUAGGGUUAAGGCUGUGUGGACCAAGGCUGUGGAGCCAUUAUUCUGUCAUUCUGCGCUGGAAAUGUAGUGCCAUGGCUUCUCUCUCAGUGCUCUGUUAGUGCAAGCGCUUCCAGGCUUCCUCAAACUGUCUCACACUCCAAUUUCUUCGGAGAAAAAAAAAGAAGCUUAAAGAGAGUUAGACGAGAUGACAGCACUCCAAACUGUUCUGCCUUUAACAGUGGAAGAGAAAAUUGCAUUUGGCACUUAAAUCUAUAAGAAUGCAUUUAUUCAAUCAGGUCUUGUAGCCCUCGCAGCAAAGUAGACAUUGUAUGUUACAUACCGACACCAUCUCUGGUAUUGAUUUUCUAAAUUACAUUUCAAUGCAUUGUAUGUGGUGUAUUUCUUUAAAUAUAUAUUGACCCGUAAAAAAGAUAUCUACCUGACAUUGAGAUAUGUAGAAGUGGAAGCACUGGUUUUCUGCUCUGUUUUGCUGUUUGAGUGCAACAUAAAGUGUGUGUGUGUGUGUGAGUGUGCACAUUGCACAGCCCAAGUCUGUUUAUCUGGAUGCUGCAGCAGGACAACUAAAGUAAAUGAGUGCACCAUGGCAGGGUUUAAAGCCAGCAUGUCUCUCCCAAGGUUCCCAACAUUAAUUUAGACUGCUUUUCGUUCCUCCCCAUUCAGAGUGAGUUGUUUCCACCUGAGUGAGCUAAAUUAAUGGGAGAGGGGGAAGAAGAGAGGUUGCACUGCUCAACCCGGCUAGGGACUCCCUCAUUGGCCUGCACAAUAAAUUGAUUCCAUUACUUAGUUCUCAAGGUGCUGACAGACUACUUUAGGAGAGACAUGUCCAAAUAAGAGUAAGGAAGGGGCUGAUGGUGGGGUAGUAAGGGGUUCUAUAUGUGAUUAGGCUCUAUAGGGCCUCAGAGGGCCACAGGAGAGUCACUUUUGUGUUGUGCCAUGGCAGAGGUAGUUGAUUACUGGUUAUGCAAGGAAAGCCAUUGGGAAUUCAUACCAACCAACUACAUGUUGACCAUUUCCUCUCCUCUCUGUCUGUAGGGAUGACCUGGUGCAGGUGGGCCGGGGCCCGGGUAACAACACCCUGACGGUGCGGACGAUCAACGUGGGCCUCACCCUGCUGGCCGUGUGGGACAAGGAGCAGGCAGGCAUGGCUGACUACCUGGCGCUGCCCGUCCAGCACGCCAUCCACCCCGAAGACGCCACGAGACUGGUGGUGGGAGACGUGGUCUGCCUCAGCGCCCAACUCCUCAGCCCCCAAGGUGAGAGUUCAAGGAGGGGUUAAUGUGGUGUUGUAAAAUAACAGGUGCACUGUCACUAGUAGUACAACCAAGGUGCAUGAAAUUGAGAUGAGGCUUAUCUACAAAGAUGUUUAAACGAUUUUGGAGCAAAAUGGAUGUUUCGUUGGAUAGAUGCAGUUUCAUGUGGUUCUUUGAUGUUGCAUCUUAAAUAUGUGAUAUCAGUGGAGGCUGGUGGGUGGAGCUAAAUGAGGACGGGCUCAUUGGAAUGGCUAGACUGGAAUAGAUGGAACGGUAUCAAACACAUUGAAACCACGUUUGUCUCCGUUCCAUUGAUUCCAUUCCAGCCAUUACAAUGAGCCCAUCCUCCUAUGGCUCCUCCCACCAGCCUCCACUGUGUGAUAUGUAAUAUUGAUCUGUUUGGCAAUUUCCUUGUUAGUUUUUAUCUACUUCGGAAUGGAGUCAUAUUUCUGCUGAUUUUCUAAACAUUACCAUUGUCAGCAAACAUUACCAUUGUCAGCCCUGCGGGAAGCAGUGUGACGGAUAAGACAGUCUUACAGUAAAGGAAGUGUGAAUAUUCUAGAUGAGUGUUGAACCAAUUGUAGUGUUUCAGCUCUACUCUUUUCCCUACAGGUGUCCCGGGUACCUGGAGCUCCUCAUCCACUGGCGUGCUGCAGGUGGACUCUAAAAUGGGCGUGGCCGUGGCAAGAGAUGCAGGCACCACCACUGUCUACUAUGAGAUCCCUGGCCUGCUGAAAACCUACAGAGAGGUACUGCAACGACAACCUUACUACCAGAUAACAUUUAUCUGUGUUAGAGAUGGGAUGAAAGGGCGUAGUGCAACAACAAAUGGUUUAAUCAUGAAUCAUGAUUAUCCAAAACAUUACACACUAUCCCGGUUUCUAGAGAGGUGGACAACUCUACUUAACUCACCACCAUCAUCGUCGUUUUGAUCAGAACUAGAUGAUCAUGGCUGUCUCAGUGUAAUGUGUGUUGACGGCCCUCCACCCCCUUCUGUGGGUCUGAUGGUCCUCCACAAAGAGACAACGCAGGCAGCAUGGAGAAGAUUAAUUAGACUUAACUCACCACCAUAUCAUCGUCGUUUUGAUCAGAACUAGAUGAUCAUGGCUGUCUCAGUGUAAUGUGUGUGACGGCCCUCCCACCCCCUUCUGUGGGUCUGAUGUCUCCACAAAGAGACACGCAGGCAGCAUGGAGAAGAUUAAUUAGCCCAGCCUUCCUCUUUGAGAUGGAUCUCUCUCUCUCUCUCACUCUCUCUCUCUCUCACUCUCUCUCACUCUCUCACUUUCUCACUCACUCAAAGAACAUCUCUCACCGCCUCUUAUGUCUCUUCCAGGCAGCUCCCUCUUUCCGGCUUCUAUGUGUUCCUGUGUUUACAUAUGAAUCUUUCCCAAUUAGCUGACAGUGAGUGACUGAGGAGGAUCAGUGUUGAGUGGAUUAGAUAGAUGCUAUCUGGAUCAGUAGUUAACACUCCGACAGGAACAACACAUCUUAAAGGAGAAGGCUCUGAAUGGAGAUGUUAACCAGUACCGUGUUGCUGUACUGAACACUGAAGUGAAUAAGCCCAGCUGUUCUCUUCAAUUUGCACAUACAUGGGAUUUAAAUCACAGGACAGGUGAAUGCAAUGUGGAGGCUACAUGGAAUCGCUUUUACCAAUCCGGUUCCUUUAUGUCAGUGCAGAUGAAAGAAGGUAGACAAUGAGCGGAGACUUCUUCUCCGACUUGAGAUGCACCCCAAAUAAUACCAGUGUUGUGACUCCCUGUGUUGGUUUGUUUCAGGUGGUGGUGGAGGGGGCCACCAGGACAGCGGUGAUGGCUCACCCUGCAGCGGUGAGGGGGGACAAGGACACCAGGGUGCUGCUCACCACCAGAGAGACGGGAACCAACCUCAUAGGCUCCUGUUCCUCGGCCCAGACUGCCUUCAUCGCCCCGCUGCACCCUGAGACCUCCGUCAGCUGCCAUCUGAGCUUCACCAGCGACGCCGUCGAGUUCUCCGCCCAUGAUGUCUACCUGACACACACCAGCUUCGACCCCAGCACCGGUAAGACCUGUUCUCGGGCUCAAGGAAGAUGAGGUGGUGAAUGUUGGCCAGUAUGUUUACUGAAUGGUCUUUGCUCCAACCUUCAGUUUACUUGUGUAUAAUGGAUUUGACCUUCACAUCAUUAAUCACCCAUUAGAUCCAUUGGAAAUGCAUGCAGCAGGAGGGAUUUAUUAAACCCACAGUGGGUCAGCUGGUGUGUGCAGUGCAGUGCACCAGGGGCUGCUCUGGCAAAGAGGGCAAGGACGUUUACAAAGGAAUAAUUUACUGAAGGCCAUAAAUGGUGUCGGGGUGAUAUAUUCAGCAGAAUGGGCCUAAUUGUUUUGGGGAGUUUGGGGCUCCUCUCCCGCCCUGGCCCAGUGCAGGCUUAUGUUUGGGGGGGGGGGGGGACUAAUGGGCCUGUAUGAAUGUGAGAUGACUCUGGAGCGGGGAGGGUGGGGAAGGUAAACAGGGGAAGGUAAACCGACUAAACACCACCACAGGUGGGAAAAGAUUCUCCCUCCACUAUUACUACAUAAGGGAUUAGAAUUCAGUGGGUUCUAAUCAUGUUUUAAAUGGAAUUCUCGUGGCUAUUGCAUUUGUGCCUUUUAAAUAAUGUUUUAAGGAAGAGGCGUUUAAUGUUGUAGAGGAGAAGCCUAGUCUUUAAGAAGUAGAUUCUAGGAAGCAUCCAUGAGCAUGGAAAACUUGAAAUAAGAAAGAUUUUGAUGUCACUUUCUCUUUAGAAACGCUGACACCUAUUAUUACCUGUCCACCUCUGCCCUCCCUCUCUCCCUCCCAGGGUUCUACUCCUGCUCUAUGACCCUGCAGCCUCUGAGUGACCAGCAGACACGGGUGCUGAGCCUGUCCAUGACCAACCUGUUGGUGACGGCUGGGGUGAAGGGCAGUGCCUUCUCUGGGGAGCAGGUCAGUGCCAGGCUGCCCGUGGAGACAGGCCUGUACUCUGACCAGACGGAGUUGCUGCUCAGCAACCUGCAGCCCGACGCAGAGCUCACAGUCUACGGCCCCACCGCAGCACUCGGCAGCCUGGAGGUAUGUCAGUCUGUCUGUCUGUCAAUCAAUCAACUAUAUUUUAAAGUGCCUUUGACAUGGGUCUCAUCACACCUUCCAGAAGGCAUUAAAAAUGGAAAAGGGAAAUUGAUGAGGGAGGUAUAACAUUUGGCACUGGAUGUCACUUCUCCAUAACCCCACUGUUUCACCCACCAUCUCCUCCUGUCCGUUAGGUGUCGUCCAGCUCUCCGGCCAUCUCGGUCCGGGAGAGAGAGGUGUCCCACGGCUUCCCCAGUUUCUCUAAGUACACUGUCAGUGCGGUGGACCCCCAGGCUGCAGCCUCAGCCUCCGUGUCCAUAACCAGCUCAUCCACUGGCCAGACCCUCGUCAUCCCAGUCACCCUCAUCCACGUGACUGAUCCCAGCACCACCAUGCAAGGUCAGCUAGCCAUCUCUGAGUGGAACGGGGUUGACGAUAUGGUAGAUGGAAUAACUCUGAUGGUGCAGGAUAGCAAGAUGUACUAUAAAAGAGGGGAAGCUGUCAACACCCUUUAAUAGUAUUUGAGAUAAUUAUAGCAGUGUUGGGAUUCUUUUCUUGAAAAUGUUCAGGUCAGCCAUUUUAUCUGAGAGCGUUAUUAUUAUGGCAUCAGUAGGAAAGCAUUAGACUGCAGUGUGAACCCUGCAUCCUCUGACCAGCCAUCCAUAAAGCCAUUUAGUUGUUCAUGGGCUUGAGAAAUGGAGCACAUUAGGAUUUCACUGCAGUGUCGACUAGCACCACACCGUCGUCGUUGCAGUAUUUUUAUUUUUUUUAAACAUUUGGUAACACGUUCAUAAUUGUUAGAAAGAAGCACUUAGCAGUGUCAUAUCCUAGUCUCACCCAUUCCUUUUGUCCUCUACAGGUGCUUCUCCCCUGGUUGCCAUGGAAGGAGCCCAUUUCCUGCAGGCCUUCAUAGACUCCUACCAGAUGAUGUUCUUCACCAUCUUCGCGCUACUGGCUGGCACCGCCAUCAUCAUCAUCGGUGAGUAGCCACAUCCCCAACUAGGAUUGUGUUUUUGCACGAGACCUGUCAUCACUUUACCUUGUUAGCAGAUCUGCAUAGAUUACGCAAUAUAAUACAUGUGGGUUGGAUAGUGACUGUUUUGAUGUUGAUACUGUAGAUCUUCAGGGACCAUGAAGACAUUUGACCAUUUAUAACAUGUCAUGUUAAUGCUCUCUUCCUACCCAGUGUGCCAUGCACUGUUCUCUCAGAGGGACUUAGCACCUCACCCAGCCUUCAUUCAGAGGACACCGUCCCCUUCAGGUAGAGACCUGUCAUUGUUUACAAUAUGUACACUUUUAAAUAGUGUUGACUUCAGUUUGCCACUUUCUAACAGGCUUUAUACCUCUGCGACACAAUUUAAUUGAAAGAGGUAACUGCAGUACAUUUAUAUUUUAUUUCAGCUGUGUUUGGCUAAAUGUUGUUUUGCUCAUUUGCUUAGUAGACAUUUGUUGAAUAGCUGUUUGGAGACAUUGAUUAGAGCAGUUUAUUGCUCAUAUACUCUUUGCUCCAUUGAGGGUUCUUGAGUUUCAGUGCUGUUCCAUUUGUUUAGCAUGCUGUGUCUCACUCACACCUCUUUCAGGUUUUGCCUCACCCGUCUCAAACUCCUUCGCCCACAACAUGACCUCCUCGGACACAAGGAGCAGCCCCAAACUACGACUCUUCUCCCCAGACUAUAACUCCCGGUAG